CAAACGCGCACAGGUCAAAUAAAAUGACGCCGAAAAAUGGCAAAACGCGUCGCGCUGGCCAAAGCAGAAUGCCAACAAUAAUAAAGCAGCGGCAACAACAAAACAGUCGACGCAACGCACGGGUUUUUUCCGCAACAAACAAAUCAAAUAAAUGUUAAAAGUAUUAACUAAAACUGUGUUAAAUUCGUGCAAAAAAUAUAUUGUUGUUACCUCAAUUAAAUCAAAGUUAAAGAAACGACGCAAAUUCCUUGGCAUACGCAGCAAGCACGUGUGUUGGCGGGGGGAGGCGAGGCGCGCUAUUUUUGAUGCUACGCAAUAAGGCAACGCUACGCAAUUUCAGCUGCUGCUGCUGCGGCCGCUGCUGCUACGCACCUGCCAAAACCGAAGCGCUGCUGCGGCCGCUGCCGUUAACGCUGCUGCUGACGUGUGCAAACGAGUGCGAAGCGACGACAGGAUAUUUAACGGCAAAAACAACAACAACAACAACAACAAGAGGAAGAAGAGCAGAAACCAACUGCACGACAAAAUUAACGAAGUGUCAGUGCAAUUGAACGACACGACGCACGCAUACACACACACACGCACACACACAUACAUACACAUACACAUACAGCAAUAAAAAGCUAACGAAAAGACAAAUUGCUGUAAAAAAUGCAGCGCCACGGAGAGCGCAGCAGAUUGCAUAAAAAUCCUGCUCAAGAAUAAGUGCACACACACACACACACACACACAUACUAGAGAGCCGCACAUAGAAGCGCGACAAAGCAAAACAAGAAGAAGAAAAAAAUAAGUCCGAAAAAAAAGGGCAAACACAGUGCGCACAAACAAGGUGGAAAGUAAAAAAGUUGUUUGUCAACUUGUUGGCGUCCAUUGCACACACACACACACACAGACACACACACACACACAGACACAGACGCAUACAUUCCCCGCGAAACACCCGCGCAGCGCCCCUCAAAUGUUGCAGCAACAAAGUGUCUGGCUGUACUGCUACUGCUACCAAGUGGAAAUGCAAGUCCAGUGUGCAUGCAACAGCGCCUGCGGCCAGUGCUAAGCAACAGCAGCAGCGCAGCAGCAAGAAGAAGAACAAGCAGCAGCAGCAGCAGAAACAAGCAGCAGCAGCAGAGUACGGUGCAAAUCCUUUGGCAGCCAUGUCAACGGUCACACGCAGCGCCAGCGCCAGCCCCUGCAUGGCCCUCAAUGGCAUCAUCGACGCGAGCCUCUUUCCCCUCAAGUCCACAUCGGAUGUGGUCAAUCUCUUUCGGCGCGCCCUCACCAGCCCCAUCGAGCCGGACCUGACGCUUCUCUCAAUUGUCGUCGGCUACAUUGAGCUCUCGCUGACCACGGGCGAGGCGGCCCAAGCGGCGCAGGCAGCCCAAGCGGCGCUAGGUGGCGGCAGUGACGUCAUCAUGGGCAACAGCGUGCCCUUUCCGGUGGUCACGCACGAGCUGAUCGCCGGGCUGUACAAGAAAUUCCAGACGAUCUUGUCGGUGGUGGAGAAACCGAAGCCGCAUCGCCAGGCGACGCGCGAGAUCAUCAAGAAGGUGUCCGAUGUGAUAUGGAACUCGCUGAUAAGGAGCAGCUACAAGGAUCGAGCGCAUCUGCAGAACCUCUACAGCUAUUUGUCGGGCAACAAGCUGGACUGCUUUGGCGUUGCGCUGGCCACCACCGCCGGCUGUCAGCUGCUCGGCUAUCGCGAUGUCCGGCUGGCCAUAUCCGAGGAUCACGCCUGGGUGGUGUUCGGGCAGAAGCAUGUGGAGAGCAUCGAGGUGACCUGGCACGGCAAGGGCAGCGAGGAUAAGCGCGGCCAGGACAUUGGCGCCGGCAUCGAAUCCGGCUCCUGGCUCUAUCUGGGCGGCCUGGCCGUUGUCUGUGAGCGCGGCAUGGAGGUGGCCGCCAUCUGUGUCGCCCUCAACAUCUCCCUGAGCGCGAACAGCGAUUGUGUCGAGGUCGCCGAGCUGCAGCAGCAGCUGCUCUGGCUUCUGUACGAUCUGGGCCAUCUGAAGCGCUAUCCAAUGGCGCUGGGCCUGCUCGGCGAACUGGAGGAGAUCCAUCGCACGCAUCGCAGCAUCAGCUGUGAGCAGCUGUUCCGCGAGGCCAUCGAUUCUGCGCGCAACUAUUACCACAACCAUCAUGUCUAUCCGCACAUCUUUCAGGGCAACUACUACAAUCGCCUGCUCAAGUAUCGCGAGGCGUUCGCCGCCUGGGCCAAUGCGGCCGAUGUCAUCAGGCUGUACACGUAUCAGUGCCGCGACGACGAGGAGAUCUACAAGGAGCUGCUGGACAUUGCCAACGAGCUGAUACCCUAUGUCAUGAAAACGGAAAGCUCCGGCCACUCGGCGCGCAGCAUUCUCCGCGACGCGGAGGUCUUUGCCAAUCUGUUGCGCUUCUACGACGGCAUCUGUCAGUGGGAGGAGGACAGCCUGACGCCCAUUCUCCACAUCGGCUGGGCCAAGCCGCUCGUUACCAACAUUACCAAGUUCGACUAUGAUAUACGCUCCCAGGUGGUCAUCAAACUGCCCGAGGAUCUGGAGGCCGAACAGGCCGCCGCUUUGGAGGCUAAAAAGGCAGCUGCAGCAGCAGCAGCAGCAACAACUGCAGCAGCUGCAGCUGCGGAGGCGACGCUGCAUUUGGAGGGCAACAAUAACAACAACAACAACAAUACGCUGGCCAAAAAGGAUGAGAAACCCAAAUCGGAGCUGCCGACAACUCUGGCGGAUUUGACAGCCGCCUGUGGCGAGAAGAUACUGAAUCCAGAUUUUUUGCUGCAGGGCGGCGGACAGCCGUUCGCUGAUCAAAAGCAACAAGCGGCUGCAGAGCAGACAACGUCCAGCGAUCUGUCGCACAACAACAACAACAUCAACAACAACAACAUUAACACAAGCAGCAGCAAGGAGGCUGACAAGGAGGCUACAACAACAAGCAACGGCGGCGGCGGCAGCAGCAACAUGGCGCAGUCGCCGUCCACCGAGGCGCAGAUGCAGUCGCCGUCGCAGUCGCAGCACAAAGAAGCUAAAUUGGAGGAGAGCAGCCAGCUGGAGCUGGCGAGCAGCAAGCCGGCCGCUGUCGAUGAUUACGAUCCCUUUGAAAUAAUGCUAAAACGUCCGGUGAUCACGCUGUACAGUCAGAAAAUGAAGGGCCUGAAGGAUCUGCUGCUCGCCGAGAAGCUCAACACGCACGCCAUCUCGCUGCAGGUGACCGCCCAGUCGGUGGCAUCGCGCAAGGUGCGCGGCGGCGGCGGCGCCGACAGUCGACAGCCGGCGACCAUAUCGGCUACCAUCACAGCGAUUGCCUCGACAGAGGGCGGCGCUGUUGGUGGCGGGGCUGGUGCUGGCAAUGCGACGAGUGCCACGUCGACGGAUUCGAUUGCACCGUCGCGGCCGAAGCGUACCAGACGCGAGUAAAAAAUAACCUAUUGAAGGAACCUGUAGUAAUUUGUUGUUUGUAAUUAUUAUAUAUUUAUGUGUAUGUAUAUCGUAUAUUGUAAAGUUUGCUUCAAACCGGCAGCGAGUAAAACACUCGCUGUAAUUGUUGCCGGCGAGUGCUCGUCCUUACUGCGAGUUGUUUGCUCGUUGUGGUCUAAGGCAUAUAUUGUAAAGUUUGCUUUAAGCCAGCAACGAGUCAAACACUCGCUACACUUGAAGUUAGCGAGUGCUUACCUUAACAGCGAGUUGUUUACUAGCUGUGGCUCAAAGCAUACAGUGUCAAAUGUGCUUUAAACCAGCAACGAGUAAAACACUCGCUGUAAUUGUUGCGAAUUGUUUACUCGUUGUGGCUUGUCAGCGACUUGUAACUGUGUGUGUGUUGGCAUUCGAUUGACACAUGCGAUAAUAUUAAUCCUUUAUUAUUAUGCAUAUAUAUAUGCACUAUCAAUAUUUUCGAUGUUCGAUGUGUAUUUAUGUAGUUUGUAAGCGCGAAACAAAACCGUUAGAGAACGCUUAGCGUUUUAAAAAGAGACACACCCACACACACACACACACAAACACACAUAGCUCUCAACUAUUUAUAAAGGUUCGCACCUGGCGAGUCAAGCUCCAGAAAGUAGCGAUUGAAGGUGAGAGCAAACGAAUGCAGCGAGUCCUCCACUCGCCAUUUGUGCUAGAACGUUUAACGUAUUGUAAAACCUGUUAAAAUAAUUGACUUUUUUUUGCGUCUAUUUAUUAAUGCAACUUGUUUGCCGUAUUCCCGAGAAAAACCUUGUUUUUGCUUAAGCUCAAUCGUAAUUUUAUUGGUGCUCUUCUUGAAAAAAACAAAAAACAAAAAAACAAUUGAAAUAUGUAUAUGUAAUGGAAAUAACGUAUGAAUGUAUGAUGCAUUUUAUGAGGCUAAGCUGAUUAAUUUAAUUUACAGAUUGUAUACAUGCAUGUUCGUAAUAGUUUUAUUCAAGCCCAAAAAAAAAAAAACAAACAAAUCUAAAAUCAAAACACGACCGCAACAUAGAACAUUUUUGAACGCAACAGAAAACAUAUUUAACACUUCCUCUCUAUAUGUGAUAAACUGUUUUUUCUAGAAAGCUUUCAACUACUAUAUGUACUAGAUACGUAUUUAGUCAUACAAACACACACAUAUAUAUAUAUAUUUAUCAACUUAAACACUAACUAACACACACACAUACACACACACACACACGAGGGCCGUGCAACUUAAGGGACGUGGGACGCGGCAUGCACUUUUUAAAUACUUGAUCAAAUUAGCAGCACCAGCGAUGCAAGCAAAACUUAUAUACUAUAUUAUUUUUUGAAAACUUUCGAAAAGCAGCACUUAUUAGUAUUAAAAAACAAAACAAAAAUAUGUUAUUUGAAAUAUCCUGUAAUAAUCAGUUAUGCGCGGUCGUAGGACAUGACAUUCUAAAGAGGUCAGCGUGAGAAGUUUUCAAGCAAAAUGGAGCUUAAAAAAACAAAUUGUUAAAUGAUGAUAAUAAUUGCAUUUUUAUUUGUGCGUUGUGCGUCUGUGAUGAAUAAUGUAUAUGAGCAGAAACAGAAUGAAGCGGUAGAAGAAGAGCGUUGAAGCCCAUUUAAAAAAAAAAUUAAAUCCAAUACAAAGCAAAAAACAAAACAAACACAAAUCGAACAAUAAGUUCAAAAUGGUAUAAACAAUAUUCAAAUGUAUGGUGUUUUAUUCCUUUAUAAAAAGUAGCAUAUUUAAACAGAAAUAAAUCUAUAAUAAUACAUAUGUAGAUAUAUUUUGGCAUACAAAAUUUAUAAAAUA